AUGGCAAGUCUUCGCACAUUUCCAGUUGUACAAGUCGUCAAUACUAACGAUCGAGCAGUCGGCGGCCCAGGCGGCGGCUACCGCAAAUUCCUCAACUCAGGGCAAAUGUCCUCUUACCUCCCCCUCUGGCUCUCCUCCGCCGGGUACCGAACAGCUUACCUGGGCAAAUUCAUGAACGGACUAAACUCCCGCGUCAGCUCCCCAACGGGUUGGGAAUGGUCGGAUUUCUUAGUCUCGCCCUUUAUCUACUCCUUCAACCGCGUGGUGAUGCGUCGAGACGGCGGGAAAUCAAUCGAGUACCGCGGAUGGCAUCAGACGGACGUGCUGCGGUUGAAGGCGUUGGAGGUGAUUGAGGAAUGGGGAGGAUCGGAUAAGCGGCCGUUUUAUCUCGAGAUUGCGCCGGCGAGUCCGCAUGUGAGGCCUGGUGGGUGGCCGACGGUGCCGUUGGAGCGACAUAUGGGGUAUUUUCCGGGCGUGGGGGCGCCGAGGAUGCCGAAUUGGAAUCCGGUGGAUGAGUUGCAUCAAGGGAAGCCAGGGUGGGUUGGGAAGCUGGAGAGGAUGAAUGAGAGUGUGGUUGAGAUGGUGGAUGCGAGCAUGCGGGCGCGGUUGCAGGGUUUGCAGGGGGUGGAUGAGAUUGUGGAUGAUGUGGUGGAGUUGCUUGAGAAGAAGGGUAUCUUGGACAAUACCUACAUAAUCUAUACCACAGACAACGGCUUCCACCUCGGGCAACACAGGGUGACCGGCGGCAAAGGCCUGCCUUACAUUUCCGACGUCAACAUCCCCUUCGCCAUCCGCGGACCAGGCAUCCCUAGCAACCGCGUCACCAGCAUCCCACAGACCCACGUCGACAUCGCGCCCACCCUGCUCGACAUCGCCGGACUCCCGCAAGACAAAUGGCCAGAGUUCUUCGACGGCCGAAGUCUGCUACCAGAAUGGCAAGCCGCAAGCGAUGAGGAAGCGCUUUCCAGCGGCGCGGCAGUCCAUCGCGAGGUCAUGAACGUGGAGUACUGGGGAUCGUCAAAUGCUCCUGCAGGACCGUACUCCCAGAGGCACCAGGAGAACUCGUACAAGUCGCUGCGUAUGAUAGCGCAGGGCGGCAAGCAGGGCUGGCUGUUCAAUAGGUGGUGCACGUCGAACUUCACGGAGCUGUAUGAUACGGUUGCUGACCCGUAUGAGUUGCAUAACCUUGCUAUCGACCCGGAUGAGGAGACGAAGAAGCUGAUGGGAAGGCUGAGUGGGCUAUUGCUUGUAACCAAGUCUUGCGGAACGGAUACUUGUCGAAGGCCAUGGGACGUCCUGGCGGAAGCGUACAGGAAUAGUACUGCUCAUGACCCAAAGCCAGCCCUGCAGAUCUCGUUCGGCUCGAAACUGUUUGCGAGCCUGGAUCAAGCAAUGCAUCCCACCUACGACGACUUCUUCGCCCAGCUUCCCAUGCCCGGCUUCCAAUUCUGCCUGCCACUCCAGCUCGCGUCGAACGAAGGACCAUACUUCCCGCCGGAGUCGGAGGAUCUUGGGCGUAAAUACCGCCAGAAGUCGAUGGUGGAGGAAGACGCGGAGGACCGCUACUACACCACCAACGGCACUUUGACAGUGCAAAGUGAUGCCGAUGAGUACUUCGGAGACAGCAGCCAGCGACAUGCAUCUGUGGCGAGUUUAUACGCCAGCGCGCGGCAGCUGUCGGAAGAGGAGAUGGGUUGGGAGGUUGAGAUCGAAGGCUGUGACGAGCCUGAUAGCGAGUGCUGGGAACUCUAUGAGGACGACUGA